AUGCCGUUGUCGCUGAUGACGUCACCGUCAGAAAACGAUUACUCUAAGAAAUGCAAGACGUUUGACCAUUAUCACUUCACGUCAUGGCCUGACCACGGAGUGCCUAAAGUGUUGGACUUACUGGAAUUCUUCUGGUUGACACGAGCGACUCAUCCGACCCGCCCUGGCCCUGUCCUGGUACACUGCAGUGCUGGGAUUGGCAGAACUGGAACGUACAUCGCUCUACAUAUCCUGACAGACGAGAUGAACAAAACUGGAAGAAUGAACAUACUGGAAAUGAUGACCAAGAUCAGAGAUCAAAGGAAAAACAUGGUCCAGACAAAGAGUCAGUAUGAAUGUAUUUUCACCACAAUGGUUGAAGUUGCAAAAUAUGGACAAACAGAUAUGACCACAUCUGACUACACACAGAAAUAUGCUGAGUCGAAAGGAUCUUUGAGAAUGGGUCACAAAACGCUUGAUGAGCUAGCUGAGGUAAUUGCCUCCACUGACACCUCUGAUAAAGGUACUCCAUUGGCGAACAAACUGUGGGUUGAUGGAAAGGAUGAUCUUUUUGUUGUACAAGCUCCAUCGAAGAUGCUGAAUAAAGGUUACCUGUUGGUUUACACUCCACAACGAACAGAGAAUCUGCUGUGGAAGCUGAUUAUGGAGAAUGAUUCACUGACUCUUGUCACUCUGGGUAACAAGAAAGAUACGAAAUUCAUCCCAAGUCCCAGCAAUUCCAGUAGCUACGGAAACGCAACUGUGACAUCAGUGACUGAGACGUCUGUCACGAACGAAAUAACAUUAAGGAUUCUUAAUGUUGAAAUGAAGGGAUCAGAUGAAAAGAAAGAAAUCGCCAACUUUUCCGUGCGGUCUUGGACCAACACUUCUAACACUUCCACAGUGAUAAGUUGUCUAACAACUCUGACAGAACAAAUCCUGGACAGACAGAACAAUCUGAAAUUUCACCCUGUCACGGUUGUCUUUGAGUAAGUAACACAAUUACCUAA